AUGGCAAACAGAGAACGGGAAAAUGAAACAGCUGUCACACAGUUCAUCUUCCUAUGGUUCAGGAAUAUCCCACAACUGCAGAUCCUUCUCUUCCUGCUGUUUUUCAUGAUAUACAUUGUGACCAUUGCCGGGAACAUCCUCAUUGUGGUGAUAGUUGUGGCUGAUCAGCACCUUCACACCCCCAUGUACUUCUUCCUGGGGAACUUGUCUUGCUUGGAGACCUGCUACACCUCCACCAUCCUGCCCAGGGUACUGGCCAGUCUCCUGACUGGAGACAGAACCAUUUCUGUCAGUGGCUGUAUUGCGCAAUUUUAUUUUGCCAGUUUCUUUGCAGCUACUGAGUGCUACCUCCUAGCAAUGAUGUCUUACGAUCGGUAUUUAGCAAUAUGCAAACCUCUGCACUAUGCAACGCUUAUGAAUGGCAGAUUGUGCCGCCAGCUAGCAGCUGGGUCAUGGAUAAAUGGAUGUCUGGCUAUUGCCAUCAUAACAUGCCUUAUGUUACAACUAAAUUUCUGUGGUCCCAAUGAAAUUGAUCAUUUCUUCUGUGAAUCCACACAAAUAAUCAAUCUCUGCUGUUCUGACACCUACCUGAUAGAGCUUGUCAUUACAAUCCUGGUUGUUCUAUUCACCCUGCCUCCAUUCGCAUUAACUGUGGUGUCCUACGUUUGUAUCAUCUCCACUAUCCUGACCAUCCCUUCCACCACCGGGAGGCAGAAGACAUUUUCUACCUGCUCUUCGCACCUUAUUGUGGUGACAAUGUUCUAUGGGACACUAAUGAUCGUGUAUCUGCUGCCCAAAACCAACAUGCUCAGAGACCUCAACAAAGUGUUCUCUGUCUUCUAUACAAUCCUGACCCCUAUGACCAAUCCCUUUAUAUACAGCCUGAGGAACAAAAAGGUGAAGGAGGCGCUGAGAAAAAUUGUCUGUAAAUGUUCAGAUUUUACAAGAAUUCCCAACUGA